AAUAUAUUUUUCUCGAGUCACAUGUUUAUAAACAUCAAAACCGCGCCGUAUUUAUUCUCUCUGAUUGGUGUAGAUGGAACGUUUUGGUCCUAUGCAGUGGUGCUGUUUUAUAGUCUGUUUGCGUCUUAUUAUAUUGUUACGCGCUGGGGUUCGGGAUAAAUAAAACUUCCACUGAAAUAAAAAUUAAAACUUUAUCACUUAGAACACUCACAGAACGCUUUACAAUUUGUAAUCCGCUUCGCUUCAAGUGAUCCGUUCGCUAUUUCGCUUCGAGUAGAUCCGAUUACUAAAUCCGUAUCAACUCUGCAACGCUUUUAUAGUGAAUACGAAAUCCUUAGAAUUAUCGAGAACGUUCCUGACAAGUAAAGUAGUUUCGGUAAGUGUUUCCACUAUUUGACAAUAGAUGGCGUUGUGCUUCCCAAACGUUCUCGAUUUUACUAGUUCUUUUGAUAUUCGUUUUCGCUAUUCAAUGAUAGAUGACGUUGCUCUUGCCGGCGUAAUAGUAUGGCACCAAAAACUAAAGAUAAGACUCUUCAAGAAAUAGAAGAUAAACUCAGAGGAUAUUCUAUAGGUCAUCGUGGUAAAACUUUGAGCUUGAAAUGUGAGGAUUGUAAGGAAAUCGUUCUCAACAAGUAAAACUUUUUUUUUGUAACAUUCCAAUUAGAGUCCCCCGCCAAAUAGCCUAGCUGUGUUCCGGCAUGUGAAUUGGAGAGCCAGUUCUAUUCCUUCCCUUUCCUCUUCCUUGUUUGGGGUGAUCCUUGGUGAUACUUGGAACUUGCAGAGCAGACUAGCUUGCGAACUUGCGGGACACGAUCGUUUGAUGGGGGUCUAGGGAGACCCUGUGAAAUGGUAUUCGCCACCGCCCGCCGGUCAGUAGGGGACCUGAACCCAGGUGUCACUACUAAACUCCGCCCCGGGAAGCUGUUCCAUUAAGCGGGUACAAUCUUGUCAUGCGAUCGACGCUACAGGCCAUUUCACGUCUUGUGUCAGCCUCUUACACAACCGGUGGCCGAGCACACGCUAUGUUCCUGCUUUAUUCAGGUAUUGCUAUGAAUUUACCGCGAACUUCCUACCUCACCCACUCCCACUAUCCACAUAAAAAGACUAUAAUUUUUUUUUAUCAACGAUAUCCCAUUCCACAUUUAAUGUUAUGUUUAAUUUUUCAGCAAUGUCAGGGGCUUACAUAACAACCUGGAGGGCAUACACCACCACUUUGGGACGGCGCAGCCUGCCCUACUUUUUCUGACCGAAACGCAGAUAUCUCGGAUGCCGACGUCCGUCGAGGCAAUCGUCAUCGACCAACGACACCGGUCCCCGCAGUACGGGGGCUUUUCAGGCCGCUCGGGCGGGGUCGCUGGAAGGAUAAGAAUCAGCCUUUCUGUUAGGCCGGAUGCUGAACUUCCUAGAAAGAUCCCGCCCCCCGCACCCAGGGGUCGCGCUGGGUAUGUGAGACUCGUCGGUCCGCAAAUAUUGGGAGUAAGCCAUGAACCCAAAGAUGAUUUUUGGGACUUUUUUGUGCCGAGGCCGUUUCUCCAACAAACUCUGCACCCGGGAUGUCUGUACCUCGACGGUCUAUAAAUUUAAGAAGUGAACUACGGGCUUGAGGGUGGUAUUUAGGGAACUACACACUAAGCGACUCCCCUGAACUUCCUCCCAAGCUUUUGAUCCUCCCCAAGGUCUGAAUCCGAACGGAGUAAGGAGGUCAUCGCAGUCAACACUGCAACCAGACGCACGACUGACACAAAGGACUUCAAGGCGAAACGAAGGUUUUGGAAAGUCGGCUGAUGUCACUCCUGAGCGGCGCGCUAACGCAUGGUGCACAUGGAACACAAGGUGGAUCCCUCGAGGAGACUGAUCUAACUACAUACAUAUACAUACAUAUAUAAAUACGAGUGAUUAUUGUCGCACAAAGCUAGGCAGGGAGUUCAAGCUCGGGCAGAGGGGAUUGCCCCAAGGCCCGAUCUGUACCCCCCCCCCCCAAGGGGACACGAAGACCCGACGGCGCACAAAACAUUUCGGUUCGAGCAGCCGAACGAGGCGGAGCUCUCUUUUGUUAUCGCUGUACACUUGAAAUGUUAUAAAUGGAAUUCAUUGGAAAAGUGAGUCUUAACUAAUGUCACUACGGAAAGCAAUCAUAAUGGUGAAGAGAAUGGUGCCAGCAAUGCUGGCGUUAUCAUUUUAAAAACACCAACGAACCAUCCUGAUCCGUCAUAAAUGUUGUCCACGGGCCCAACUUGUAGAAGUCUUACCUUAUUAGUGUUCGCUAAAAUUUACAUUUCAAACAAUAUCAAUGUGCAAUCCAAUUAAUCGCUAUUCAAACCAAUGUGAACAUUACUGCUGCACUUAGGCAUUCAUAAAAAUGCAAACGACUUAAAUACAGUGCUCGCUGAGUACUUUUAAAUACGAUUAUAAAAUAAAAAUCUUCAACAUAUUAUCUACAAAAUGCCUCGUCGCAGACAAUGGAUGACGCCAUUUAUAAAACAGUGUUUCGUCACAUCAGGUGUGACACUCAAUAUGUUGACACACGGCUUCAUGUACGGAUUCAAUACGGGACUGUUCGCACAGUUGAGGAAGACUAAAGAAAUACAGUUGGAUUUGGAGUUAGAGUCUUGGCUGGCGUCGUCAACCAGCUUAUCAUUCAUCGUUGGAUCGCUAUUCAGUUCAAUAUUCAUGGAUCGGUUCGGCAGGAGACCUGCAUUCAUAAUUGCAUCGGCCACCAUGAUAAUCAGCUGGUUAAUAUUCAUUGCAGCUAAAUCCUUCACCGCUUUAUUAGUUGCCAAAAUAUUUCAAGGCUUCUCUGCAGGUGUUGAAAGUACUACAGGCUACAUUUUAGUAGGGGAAUACGUUAGCCCUAAUCACAGAGCAUCAUUCUUAGCAAGUUUUCAACCGGUCAUGUUGUUUGGGGAUUUUAUAACCCACAGUUUAAGUUCUAUAUGCGAUUGGCGUAAUGUAGCUAUUAUUCUUGCAUUCUUUUCGAUCCCUGGAUUGGCGUUAAUUGUUUUUUCACCGGAAUCACCGAGCUUUUUGGCAAAAAUCGGAAUGCAUGACCAAUGUAAAAAGGUGUUCUACUGGCUAAGAGGUCCCAAUGAAAAUAAUGAAGUUGAAAUGUUGAUUAAGACUAAUUUACCUUCAAAACAAAAUGCUAUUAACAAUGAUAAGAUAAAUGGUUACAAAAAAGUGAUACAUAAAUUAUCAUUCAUUGGUACUUUUUUUAAAAAGAGAGAGGUACGUAUUUCGCUCUUCAUCAUGGUUCAUAUGCAACUUAUUAACCUGUUUUCCGGUUCUAUACUGUAUGAUAGUUAUACUGUAGACAUACAUACAGCUGUAUUUGGUACUGACAAAGAUCAGUACAUGUAUUUAAUUGUAAUGUAUUUAGAUAUAGUGAGAAUUUUGUCAUCAAUAUUCUCUGUUUUUCUCACGCAAAAAAUGAAACGGCGUAGCAUGCUCCUAAGCUUAGUCGGCCUUAACAUACUAAUGUAUCUAUUACUCGGAAUUUAUGUACUAUGCAAAAAUCAUAACUUAUUACCAUUUGAUCACAUAUCGAUCGGUAUAAUUCUGUAUGGUUUUAACUAUUUCUCUUUAGCGGCUGGAUCUGUUUCAUUACCAAAUAUUGUGGCCGGAGAAAUAUUCCCUUUGGCAAAUAGAAGCGCUUGUGGAAUGAUUUGUAACAUAACAUUUUCAUUAUACAUGUUCGUUAAUAUCAAAAACGUUCCUUAUAUCUUUUCUGGGGCUGGGGUCAGCGGUGUUUUUUUUAUGAACGCCGCCCUGCUUUCAUAUGCCCUCGGCAUGACAAUGUACACGUUACCGGAAACAAAAGAUAAAACGCUCUUAGAAAUAGAACACAUAUUAAGAGGAUGUCCUAUUGCUGAUGAUGAUGAGACAAUGAUUAAUCUGAAAGAACAUAAUGAGACAAAUUUCUAAUAAAAUCUAAAGAAUAAACUAACUACAUUGACUCGCAAACUUAAAGUAAGUGCAGAUUCGGAGAUGAAAAUUCGUGUAUCCUCUUGUGUCAACUCAAUAUACGCAUAGCCUUCCAAGAUUCUAAAACUCAUUGUAGCGUUAUAUUCUUUAUCUCUCAUAGCCAUGAAUGCUGACUUACCAAAAUAGCUUAGGAGGCCUUUUCUCCACUAAUGCAUGCCGUGCUACUCUUGGACUCCGGGGGUUACAAGAUACCUUCUAACUUUAUCAAACCGGCGGCACCAGCGAAUGCUUGGUUUCUUAAUAGCGAUUGUAUCGCACGAAAGUUCAAGAAGGUUCGGCUGCGUGCCAGAACUUAGAGAGGUUACUUACUUAGAGAGGAACUUGGGUAAAGAAGAUGUAAGAAAGAGCACGAAGUGAGAAAACGAUAUAAUUUCAAAUGAUCCGAGUCGAAGAAUAGUGUAGUGAGGGUUAGAAUCUUGUGUGUAUAGAAUGGAUACUGGUUCGUGUCGUACUUGCAAGUGAAUUUUGACCACCUUUGUUAUUGUCCGAUAGCUGUCAAUAAAAGUUACAAUACUUUUUGGUUAAAA